GGAUGACACUUCGCGAUUUGAACGAAAUCGUGCCAAAUCGCACCACAUUCCUUCAUCCUUGCUCAUCUUACCUUCAUCGCGGUCUUUUUUGCUCAUCGCGCCCAAAUCGCGCCAGAUCGCGCUCAUCGUGUACAUCGUGCUCAGAUCGUGCUCGAAUGAAAUUUUUCAUUCAUGCAGUCAGGGUUGCCAUAAAAUAUUCGUUCCAGCAGUUUUCCAUGAAACUGGCCGCACUGUUGAAAUGUUUGUUUUUAUGAUUUCGAGCAGUCCAAAAAGGUAAAUAAACACAAUAUUUUUUCGGGACGGAUUGCCGCCGCUGCCUGUGCUGAAUCUUUAUUCCCGCGUUCCGUGAACCAGAACCGGAAAAUGUUUUCUGCCGGAAGUUUUUUGUUGAGUUUGAGCUGAAGCCUGCCAAUUUCGAUUCAAUUUUUUCGUUUUCGGGGGACUGCAACUGCACGCCUAACUGCUACUGCUAACGAGCCGAUAGAACUCUGGACCGGUGUUUUUGCAGGGCCAUACGCACGAGCCAAAAGCCGGAAACAGGUUUCGGAAGCGAGAGACAGAUUCACCGGAACGAAGAGGACGAUUGUGGUUAGGAAAACUUUUGAGGACAAGCAACAACAGUAGUCAGUUCAGCAGGAGUGAGCAGGUUGGCUACACACGCCUCUUCGCCGGAGUCCCACCGAGCGAUGCCACGCGCUGGUCAUCGUGUCACAACCCUCGACGGCAAUGGCGACGAGUGCCAUCGGUAGAGAAUCAUUGCAGAUGCGCACUUCCGGACCGGUGAAUCGACGGGGGCCUUUCCGUCGAAGGUGUUGCCAACCACUCGGCCACCACUGCUGCUAGACUCGGCCGGAUUGACCAGCACUUCGGGCUUGACGGAACGGGCCGCGGCUAGCCCAAUUCAGGGGGCCUUUAGAGCGAAUCAAUGAAAGCCUGCAGGGCAGCCUUGCCAAUCAAUAAGAUGUUCUUGGUCGACCCAGGAAUGAUGUUUCCGAGAGUAGGCGAUCGCGUGUAAAGACUUCUCUUGCAUGCUUUCAAAAGCUAAUUUACUAAAACAAUUUUUAUAUUCGUAGAUUUGAUAUUUUUUUUCUUCGGAGACGGAACACGAACUGGAGGUCAACUGCACGUUCACUUGAUGCUUCUAAUCCGGUUGAUUACUGGACCAAGCUGACGUUUCUGAUCAACCAUACGCAUGAGCCAAGAGCCGGCCACAUCAAGUACAUGCUUCUUAUUUGGGCAUGUCCCUGGAAAAGGUGCGCACUUUUUGGGCGGGUGCACUUUUCGAAAACCCUCCGUAAAUGCAGAAACCGGUUUCAGAUGGUUGUCAUCCAAAGAAGGCAGGAUUUCUCACUCGGACCCAGUGGACCAAGUACAUGGCCGGGCAGCGGUCGAAGAAACAUUGCGACAUCGCGCACGUUCUGGGCGUUGACGUUGUCGUUGCGCCUCUCCAACUCGUGCAGCGAAAUCCGGCGGACACAGGCGCACAGGAUCUGGCGGUUAAUGUCCUCGCAGAACGGCGUCGAGCCGUCCAGCGGCAGCACCAUGUUCGUUAUUCACAGGUCAAACACCGUGUCAUCGUACUAUAGCGGAUCGUACAUGAAGAAGAUGCCCCGGUGUCCUUGUCCUGUCCUGUCCUUGCUGAACAACUGGGAGCUGUGGCACAGGUUUUCCUCGGCGAGCUUUGAUGCGUUGUUGGCGCCACCAUCCUAUGAGCGAUCCCACGAGCUGAUUAGCGUGUUGGGAAUCAUCAGCGUAACAUUGUCCUAGUCGAUCCAGCCGCAAUCCUUGACGGCACUAGCGACGUGCGCCAGCUGUAGCGAAUCAUCCCAGACGUGCACUUCCGAUCCAGUGAAUUGGCGGAGGUCCGUCCGUCGAAGGUGUUGCCAACCAUUUCGGGACUAAACUCGGCCAGUUAAUAUAAGGAAUAUGUGUGUGUGAUAUUGUGACAGUGUUACUUACAAAAAUUAAUAAAUUUAAUAUUCACGAAAUUCUUUAUUCGAAUUGCAUUUUCACAAAAUUAAAAGCGAAAUAUUUCACG